GCUUCCCGUGAGCCUCUGCUCCUGGCCCCGAGGGCGCAUGCUCCCUACCCAGUAGUCCUCGCGCGGCCCGGUCGAACGGACAGCCAGGACUCCAAGAUGGCGUCAGUUGUACCCCUGAAGGAGAAGAAGCUCCUGGAAGUCAAACUAGGGGAGCUGCCGAGCUGGAUACUGAUGCGGGAUUUCACCCCUAAAGGCAUUGCGGGAGCGUUUCAAAGAGGUUACUACCGGUAUUACAACAAGUACGUCAACGUGAAGAAAGGGAGUGUCGCUGGGCUUUCCAUGGUGCUGGCAGCUUACGUGCUUUUCAACUACUGCCGUUCUUACAAGGAACUCAAACACGAGCGGCUACGGAAGUACCACUGACGGGGGCACACUCUGCAUUCUGGACCAUGACCUUUGCCUGGCACCCCUGGACCCUCUUAUAUCCUAAUGGAGAAUUAACACCCAAUAAAAGAUGACUGGUAUGUGGA